AUGUUGCCACCACGAAGCGCCGUCGGUCGAAUACCGAGUCUCAUUCGACCGGCCAAUCCCCCUCGAAUCCCCAGCAGCAUUCAAAUGCGACCUUUCACCCACCGCACACGCCUACUACUUCUCUCUCCGGCCCCCGGCCGCCCACAGCUACCAUUCCUAUCACCGCUCGCGCCAACGCGCCCACUUCCGCCUCUAUCAAUUCACCUCCGCCAGCACUUCAAGCGCUUGGUCUCUACCGCCAGCCGCGAGAACUAUAAAAAACGAGUGUCACGAGGCCUGAAGCUCGGUAUAUCGCUCUACGCCAUCCUGAUCUUGUUCUCCGCCAUCAAGCUUGGUGUCUACCAAGAGGAUAUCGAGCAUUCAUGGCCCACGCCUCCGGAAUGGUCAUGGAAGAGUCGCUGGUGCCUGCGAUCCGCACAGGCACUGCAGAAUCCCGAACAGAUCGGCAAGUUGAUGACCAAUUGGCCCAUGGUCGCGGGGUAUCUCCGUGAACUGCUGGAGCGACUGGAGAAUCUAGAAGGAGAAGGUCAGGGCAUUAUCGAACAGGAUGAAGGCGGCUUCUUGGUAGAAGGCGUUGGCCGCACCGGGCUUGACGUCUCGGCGAAAAGUGAGCCUUGGCGCCGUGGAUAUUUCCAGGCUCUGAUGGGAGCCGCGAAGGCUGCUGAGAAUCUGGAUGGCUGGUUGACGGAUCGCAAGCAGCGUAUCUCCGCGCCGGCGGAGUACGUUGUUGGACCCUCGAAUCCUCGUCCCAAGCCCAUGCCCGCGGGCCAGAAGAAGGUCCCGCAGGAAGAGGACUGUGAGAAGGCGUCUCCCUCUCCUGAAAGUUUCUACAUGAAGGUUUUGACGACCAAGGGCUUUGAUACGAGGCAGAAGCUUGAUGCGGCUUUGGCGUACGCUGACUGGCUCGACUUUAAGGGUCUGGGGAUCACAGCGGGUGAUAUGUACACCUGGGCUCUGGAUAUCGCCGCCAGUGGGAUGGAUGGCGAUGCCAGCAAGAUUAUCGAUAUGAAGAAUGGUCUUUUGAAGAACAACGCUGGAGAUCUGCCUUCGGAAAACAUCCUGCGUGUGUCUACCGCCAUCGCCGUGCACAACGCCCGCCAAGGCAAUCUCCCUACAGCCCUAUCUCUCUUCACAUCCGUUCUGAAAGCCCGCCGCAAUCUCCCCCUGUCAACAGACUCCGAUCUCCCCAUCACCUUCUCACCACCCCCUAAAACAACCAACGACCCCUUCGCCUCUCUCUUCAAAUCCCUCAAAACCGUCCUCAUCCCCGUGGAGUACCCAGAGCCACUCCCUUCAGGCGAUGAACCACCCCGCCGAACCACCGCAUCCGCCUGCGAGGAAGCAGGUCUGAUGACCUACAUCGGCGAAAUCCUCUACGCCUCCUCGACGAAAGAAUCCGGCCUCGCCUGGACCCGCGACGCAGUCGACAUGGCCGAGUCCACCAUGGUUGAUCUGGGUAAUUCGCACGACCGUGCGGCCCGAACGCGCUGUGCACAGUGUCUAAAGGUCGGUCUGGAGAAUUGGAAGACAAUGGUCUCGUCUCUAGUUUCUCGGGCCCGGAAAGAGGAGCAGGAGAGCCGGGAGCAGGCGAAGAGCGCUUGGUAUGGUGGAGAGCGUCGUGCGCAGGCUAAGUCUCUUGAGCGGAGGCGCUGGGAGGCUGAGGAUUCUAUCUUGGAAGAUCGGAUUCGCAGAUUGUUCCCUCUGCUGGAGGGGGAGUCGGGAUUGGAUACCCUCGCUCCGAAUAGUUCUCUCUUCGUGUAA